AUGUCCUGCCCUCAGGAAGGUCCUGCCCUCAGGGAGGUCCUGCCCUCAGGAAGGUCCUGCCCUCAGGAAGGUCCUGCCCUCAGGAAGGUCCUGCCCUCUGGAAGGUCCUGCCCUCAGGAAGGUCCUGCCCUCAGGGAGGUCCUGCCCUCAGGAAGGUCCCGCCCUCAGGAAGGUCCCGCCCUCAGGGAGGUCCUGCCCUCAGGAAGGUCCCGCCCUCAGGAAGGUCCCGCCCUCAGGGAGGUCCUGCCCUCAGGAAGGUCCUGCCCUCAGGGAGGUCCUGCCCUCAGGAAGGUCCUGCCCUUAGGAAGGUCCUGCCCUCAGGAAGGUCCCGCCCUCAGGAAGGUCCUGCCCUCAGGAAGGUCCUGCCCUCAGGAAGGUCCUGCCCUCAGGAAGGUCCUGCCCUCAGGGAGGUCCUGCCCUCAGGGAGGUCCUGCUCUCAGGAAGGUCCUGCCCUCAGGAAGGUCCUGCCCUCAGGAAGGUCCUGCCCUCAGGAAGGUCCUGCCCUCAGGAAGGUCCUGCCCUCAGGAAGGUCCCGCCCUCAGGAAGGUCCUGCCCUCAGGAAGGUCCUGCCCUCAGGAAGGUCCUGCCCUCAGGAAUGUCCUGCCCUCAGGAAGGUCCUGCCCUCAGGGAGGUCCUGCCCUCAGGAAGGUCCUGCCCUCAGGAAGGUCCUGCCCUCAGGAAGGUCCUGCCCUCAGGAAGGUCCUGCCCUCAGGAAGGUCCUGCCCUCAGGGAGGUCCUGCCCUCAGGAAGGUCCCGCCCUCAGGAAGGUCCCGCCCUCAGGGAGGUCCUGCCCUCAGGAAGGUCCUGCCCUCAGGGAGGUCCUGCCCUCAGGAAGGUCCUGCCCUUAGGAAGGUCCUGCCCUCAGGAAGGUCCCGCCCUCAGGAAGGUCCUGCCCUCAGGAAGGUCCUGCCCUCAGGAAGGUCCUGCCCUCAGGAAGGUCCUGCCCUCAGGAAGGUCCUGCCCUCAGGGAGGUCCUGCCCUCAGGGAGGUCCUGCCCUCAGGAAGGUCCUGCCCUCAGGAAGGUCCUGCCCUCAGGAAGGUCCUGCCCUCAGGGAGGUCCUGCCCUCAGGAAGGUCCUGCCCUCAGGGAGGUCCUGCCCUCAGGAAGGUCCUGCCCUCAGGGAGGUCCUGCCCUCAGGAAGGUCCUGCCCUUAGGAAGGUCCUGCCCUCAGGAAGGUCCCGCCCUCAGGAAGGUCCUGCCCUCAGGAAGGUCCUGCCCUCAGGAAGGUCCUGCCCUCAGGAAUGUCCUGCCCUCAGGAAGGUCCUGUCCUCAGGGAGGUCCUGCCCUCAGGAAGGUCCUGCCCUCAGGAAGGUCCUGCCCUCAGGAAGGUCCUGCCCUCAGGAAGGUCCUGCCCUCAGGGAGGUCCUGCCCUCAGGAAGGUCCUGCCCUCAGGAAGGUCCCCCCCUCAGGAAGGUCCCGCCCUCAGGAAGGUCCUGCCCUCAGGAAGGUCCUGCCCUCAGGAAGGUCCUGCCCUCAGGAAGGUCCUGCCCUCAGGGAGGUCCUGCCCUCAGGGAGGUCCUGCCCUCAGGAAGGUCCUGCCCUCAGGAAGGUCCUGCCCUCAGGAAGGUCCUGCCCUCAGGGAGGUCCUGCCCUCAGGAAGGUCCUGCCCUCAGGGAGGUCCUGCCCUCAGGAAGGUCCUGCCCUCAGGAAGGUCCCGCCCUCAGGAAGGUCCUGCCCUCAGGAAGGUCCUGCCCUUCAGAGCUGCCUGGAGAACUGUAG